AUGUCACAAGCCAGUCAGAUAGAUGUAGCCCGCCACGAACACCUACCCAUUCUAGCUGAGUUUCUCUCUUUAACAAACACCAAUUGUUCCGCCAUCAGUUGUCACAAGCCACUGAGUUUCUCUUUUAACAAACACCAAUUGUUCCGCCAUCAGUUGUCACAAGCCAGUCAGAUAGAUGUGGCCCGCUACAAACUCCUACCCAUUCUAGCUGAUUUUCUCUCUUUAACAAACACCAAUUGUUUUCGCCAUCAGUUGUCACAAGCCAGUCAGAUAGAUGUGGCCUGCUACAAACUCCUACCCAUUCUAGCUGAGUUUCUCUUUAAAAAACACCAAUUGUUCCGCCAUCAGUUGUCACAAGCCACUGUUUCUCUCUUUAACAAACACCAAUUGUUCCGCCAUCAGUUGUCACAAGGCAGUCAGAUAGAUGUGGCCCGCUACAAAUCCCUACCCAUUCUAGCUGUUUCUCUCUUUAACAAACACCAAUUGUUCCGCCAUCAGUUGUCACAAGCCAGUCAAACAGAUGUGGCCCGCUACAAACUCCUACCCAUUCUAGCUGUUUCUCUCUUUAACAAACACCAAUUGUUCCGCCAUCAGGUGUCACAAGCCAGUCAGAUAGAUGUGGCCCGCUACAAACUCCUACCCAUUCUAGCUGAGUUUUCUCCCUUUAACAAACACCAAUUGUUCCGCCAUCAGGUGUCACAAGCCAGUCAGAUAGAUGUGGCCCGCUACAAACUCCUACCCCUUCUAGCUGACUGUUUUCUCUUUAACAAACACCAAUUGUUCCGCCAUCAGUUGUCACAAGCCAGUCAGAUAGAUGUGGCCCGCUACAAACUCCUACCCAUUCUAGCUGAGUUUCUCUCUUUAACAAACACCAAUUGUUCCGCCAUCAGUUUGUCAGAUAGAGCCAGUACAAAGAUAGAUGUGGCCUUUACAAACUCCUACCCACCCAUUCUAGCUGUUUCUCUCUUUAACAAACACCAAUUGUUUCCGCCAUCAGUUGUUUCUCUCUUUAACAAACACCAAUUGUUCCGCCAUCAGUUGUCACAAGGCAGUCAGAUAGAUGUGGCCUGCUACACACUCCUACCCAUUCUAGCUGUUUCUCUCUUUAACAAACACCAAUUGUUCCGCCAUCAGUUGUCACAAGCCAGUCAGAUAGAUGUGGCCCGCUACAAACUCCUACCCAUUCUAGCUGAGUUUCUCUCUUUAACAAACACCAAUUGUUCCUCCAUCAAUUCUGUUUCUCUCUUUAACAAACACCAAUUGUUCCGCCAUCAGUUGUCACAAGCCAGUCAGAUAGAUGUGGCCCGCUACAAACUCCUACCCAUUCUAGCUGUUUCUCUCUUUAACAAACACCAAUUGUUCCGCCAUCAGUUGUCACAAGGCAGUCAGAUAGAUGUGGCCUGCUACACACUCCUACCCAUUCUAGCUGAGUUUCUCUCUUUAACAAACACCAAUUGUUCCGCCAUCAGUUGUCACAAAGGCAGUCAGAUAGAUGUGGGCCGCUACAAACUCCUACCCAUUCUAGCUCUGAGUUUUCUCUUUAACAAACACCAAUUGUUCCGCCAUCAGUUGUCACAAGCCAGUCAGAUAGAUGUGGCCCGCUACAAACUCCGACCCAUUCUAGCUGUUUCUCUCUUUAACAAACACCAAUUGUUCCGCCAUCAGGUGUCACAAGCCAGUCAGAUAGAUGUGGCCCGCUACAAACUCCUACCCAUUCUAGCUGUUUUUCUCUUUAACAAACACCAAUUGUUCCGCCAUCAGUUGUCACAAGGCAGUCAGAUAGAUGUGGCCUGCUACAAACUCCUACCCAUUCUAGCUGAGUUUCUCUUUAACAAACACCAAUUGUUCCGCCAUCAGGUGUCACAAGCCAGUCAGAUAGAUGUGGCCUGCUACAAACUCCUACCCAUUCUAGCUGAGUUUUCUCUUUAA